AUGGCGAAGACACACGCUCAGUUCGUUCGUUCUGAACGGAAUGCUUCAACAAGUUAUUCCUCCCCAAACGGUGUUCAUAUGGCCAAGAUAUAUCCACUCAAAUCCCCAAAUGGCUCGAAUAUCAUCGUCUACGGUCACGAUUCUGGCAUCAAGGUUCUCUGGCAUGGUGGCCGACCUCACAAACGACCGCGGACCGACAGCCACAACCGCACAUCGGAUGCUUCUGGCCUAGGGGCUUCCACGGAGAAUGCAUUCAUGAUACUGGAUUCUGACGAGGAAAACUCCCCCGAGCCAGCGGUUGUGGUGCCACCGGCCGAAUUUGAGACUGAGGAACCCGAGUGGGAUCCCUCCGAGCCAUAUCCACAUGUUGUGCAAGAGAUGGAUAUAUCAGUAGGCGCCGAAGUGAUGGACAUCGCUUUCCCGCCUAUUCCUGUUUCCGGGCUCCGCGAUCUGCGCAUCAUGCCCUCACUAUUUGAGCGCAAGGUGGUGGUUACUGUGGCGUGCUCCGAUUCAUAUUUGCGCAUAUACAGCUUCCCACUUGUACCUCCCACGGAUGAACAACUGCUGGCUGGCAAAUCUGCUUUAAGAAUCUCCGUGGUACACCUGGGUGGUCCCCUUGGCCAUCAGCAGGCGCCGAACUCGGUAUCGAUGACAUGGACUUCACGGGACAUUCAUCACGCGGCAAGCCAAUCGGAAAUUGGGCCGGAUGUUGUCGAGGAAGAUGGCUAUGCUACCGAGCGACCAGCAGGCGAACCUCGGGGUGGAAAAUCGCAAACGGAACCGAUGCAAUUCGACUUGCUCCUCGCAUCCUGCUCGGACGAAGUGAGCGGACUCUUACUGUUGUUCCGCGUUCCCAUCGACCCGGAGAAUGAUGACUUGGAGUCCGCUCCUCCUUUCCAACGGCUCUACCUCUCCCGUGCAGCGCUCAAGGUGUUCUUUAGCCCGACGAUCUUCCCUUCCAAGCGACAUUCGUAUCUGAUGGUGGUGGAAAGACAAGGUUCGGUCCGGAUCUACGACCCCUUCUCGCAGCUGCGUCGCGAUACGGGGAACAGACAACAAAACAUCGAUAAUCCAUCACCGCGACACGGUGCUUGGCUCAUGACAUAUUCCACGCGGUACGCUGCCUCUGGAUCUCCCAGGCUAGCCGCACCGGGAUCAGUCCAACGGAAAAACGUCCUCGACGCGCAAUGGGUUCUCAAUGGAACGGGGAUCUUUGCCCUUCUACCAGAUGGGCAGUGGGGUGUGUGGCGCCGUGACCUUGACAUACACGGUAGCGGACGACCGGCGACGACGCUAUCCGAGUUUGCGUUGAGUGGGCGCUUGCGAAUUCCAAAAGAUAUCGGUUCUCCGCCGUCGAUUUCGAAGCCGCAAUUCGUCAGUGGAGGCCGACCAUCGCUCGCUCCCAUGACGCCGAAUACUCGCAAAACAAAGCAAACAUCGCUCUUCAGUAGCGGAAGUUCGGACACCCGCCAUCUUCCUCGAGGAGGCAUCUCCGUGUCGCAGUACCCGACUUUGAGUGGGAUGGGCUAUGACGAGUCCGUCGUGCUGUGGUACGGUGAUCAUGUCUAUGCGAUUCCUAGUUUCAACGGGUUCUGGAACCGGGCCAAGUCGAAGGGGUCGACGAAGGGAAACAUCCUCAGUGUACAGACUCCCUCUCCGCCAAUCGUGGAUCUGAGGGUCGACGGCAGUUCCCUGGUAGGCGUGGGCCAGUUUCCGGCGGUCAAGAGGUCCGACGGCCAAACCGAGGCCUCGCAACGGGACCUGUUGGUGGUGGAUGCGAGACAAUUCGUCGUAUGGUCGCCCAGCAGCUUUCAGAGCGCGCUACACCGAGGCAACGAGACGCUUGAAAGUGAAGAGGAGGACUACGACAUGGUUGAUGAGACCCUCCUCGAUCGUUCGGAGUUGGAUGUGGGAGGAAUCGAUCGGUACCUAGAUAUAUUGGGUCAAAAGCCGCCUCCGGGCCGGCGAGUGGGAUUUGCAGCGUGA